GUGCCAAACUAUUCCUCUAAGACAAUCAUCGAAAGUCGCUCUUUCCCUUUCUAACCCAUACACACUGCUGCAGAGGAACACGCUCAACGCGCGCUUGCUUCAUUUUGUCCCCUUUGAGCCUCUCUGAGCGAGUCGUCUCUCUCCUGCGCACUCUCUCACUAACACCUACACAGAAAUGGGACAGACAGUGGAUAAUAACAAACGAUGAUAUUUUGUGCUUUUGAUGACGGUUUGUAACUUAUCACAUCCAACACUACAAUGCUGCCACUCCUGGUCCUCCUAAUCCUCACGAGUGCUGCUGGUCAGAGUCAGAGUCAGACGAGCACCGAAACGAGCUCCAAUCCACCCAAGGAGUUUAUGACCUCAAUGGCUGAUCGAAUGGAGCUGCUGCUGCUGGACAGGGAGCUGAUCUCAAACCUCGUGCAAUAUGCUGAAGAGUUGCAGGAAAAAGUCGACGUGCUGCAGAGAUGUGCAAAGGCGAUGCAAAUACCUCUGGAGGAUUCGAAGGGCAGGGAGGAGGAGUACCUAUCGAAUCCGCUGCACAGUUUCCAACUCAUCCGACACAUGCACGAGGACUGGCGCCAUUUAGAGAAGUUCAUGCGGCAGCCUGUGGGGCAGGAUCAGAUUAAUUUCCUUAAAAACAAGGCAACGAAAUUUCCUUCAGUAGAAGGGACUGAGGAAGCCACGGAGGCUAUUUAUCGGAUUAUCCUCACCUAUAAUGUGGAGCCAGCGCAUCUCGUCCAGGGGCUAAUCGAUGGCGUACAGUACAACAGUAGCAUUUCAGCCAUCGAUUGCUUCUCUCUUGGAACUCUGUUCUUCCACUUUGGGGAGUACGAAAAUGCAGCCCUAUUUCUACAAUACUCCUUGGACCUGGUAAAACCAGAAUAUUAUUCCGUCAACCAUGUGCUGGAAUUUGAGUCAAGCGAGGUCAUCAUGCUCCUGGCCCGAUGCUCGGUAGAACUGGACAUGGUAGAGGAUGCUCGAAGGAUACUUAUGGGCCACCGUGAUCUGGCGGAGCACUCGGACCGUCUGCUCAACUUCUACACACACACGAGACACGUCCCAGCCUCGUGGGAAGAGAAGCCCUUUCUGCCCCUGGAAUUCAUUCAGAUCUGCCGCUCUUCGCACCAAAAUAAACCCUCGCGCCUGCACUGUCGCUACAAUGCCACAACCACACCCUUCCUGCGCCUGGCCCCACUACGGAUGGAGGAGCUGUCGCUGGAUCCAUAUAUCGCCGUCUACCAUAAUGUCCUCUCCGACGCGGAAAUAGCCGAAGUGGAGCGCGUGAUAGAGCCGUUACUGAAACGCAUUGGCAGGUAUGAUGAAAUGCCAAAUUCGAUGACCCCCAGCAAGAGGCGCACGGGCUUUACAGGCCCCCAUAUCGAUAAUUAUAUGCAUGUCUCGGGCGCUCCGGUGAUCGAACGUGUCCACAGACACAUACGCGAUAUGACCGGGCUGUUCAUGAACGUGCAUCUGAUGAUGAUUAAAUACGGAUUAGGGGGCCACUGCGAUCAACACUACGAUUUCCUCAACGCUUCUUAUCCGAGCACCCACGCUAUGGGCGACCGCAUGGCCACUGUCCUCUUCUACCUAAACGACGUGAAACACGGCGGCUCCACUGCCUUUACCGAUCUACAGCUUAAGGUCCCCUCGGAGCGGGGCAAGGUCCUCUUCUGGUACAAUAUGCGGGGGGAGACGCAUGAUCUGGACAGACGAACCGUUCACGGUUCUUGCCCCGUCAUUGAUGGCACCAAAAAGAUCCUGUCCUGCUUCAUAAAUGAGCUGGAUCAAAUGUUUAUCCAGCGCACGUAUCGGCCAGGGAAUAGGCACUCAGAGAACAUAAAGGAAUGGCAUUAAAUUCGUGUCGUAGCCUGAAGGAUGCAUUUCUUAGGAAGAGGUUGCGAUACUUUGUUGUGGUUUCUAUAGUUUGAUUCUUGUUUAAACGAUUAGCAUCCGAAACCUGCCCUAACUUGGGAA